GGGCCUUUCCGCCGCCACGGGGACUACAAGCCCCAGCAUGCUUUGCGUAACCCGGGGCGGUAAUGGCGGCGGCGGCGCCUGCGCAUUGCGCUCUCCGUGCGGACCGCGCAGAGUGAAUAAUAAAAGCCUCUCCUCCUCGGCGGCGGGAGCGGGCGGAGGAGGAGGAGGAGGAAGAGAGAGAGAGAGAGGGAGGAAGGAAGGCAGGAGCAUGUCGAAGGGCCCAGUGACGGCGGGGCCUCCUGCGACCGGGCCGGUGGCGCCCGCCGCUAGCGCGCUCCAGGCGCAGCCGGAGAAGCCGCAGCACUACACAUACCUGAAGGAAUUUCGCACAGAGCAGUGCCCACUGUUUGUGCAACACAAGUGUACUCAGCAUAGGCCCUACACUUGCUUCCACUGGCACUUUGUCAACCAACGUCGUCGCCGGUCUAUCCGCCGUCGGGAUGGCACCUUUAACUACAGCCCUGACAUUUACUGCACCAAAUAUGAUGAGACCACAGGGAUCUGUCCAGAAGGAGAUGAGUGUCCGUUCCUGCAUAGAACUACUGGUGAUACAGAACGAAGAUAUCACUUGCGCUACUAUAAAACUGGAAUCUGCAUCCAUGAGACAGACUCGAAAGGAAACUGCACCAAGAAUGGCCUCCAUUGUGCAUUUGCUCAUGGACCCCAUGACCUCCGCUCCCCAGUUUAUGAUAUCAGGGAGCUUCAGGCCAUGGAAGCUUUGCAGAAUGGUCAGACUACAUCAGAGGGUGGCAUAGAGGGUCAGUCUGCAGUUGCCGCUAGCCAUGCUAUGAUAGAGAAAAUACUGAGUGAAGAGCCAAGGUGGCAAGACACAACGUAUGUUUUGGGAAACUACAAAACAGAACAAUGUAAGAAGCCCCCACGUCUCUGUCGCCAGGGUUAUGCCUGCCCUUACUACCAUAAUAGCAAAGAUAGAAGACGAAGUCCUAGAAAACACAAGUACAGAUCUUCCCCAUGUCCUAGUGUGAAACAUGGAGAUGAGUGGGGAGAUCCCAGUAAGUGUGACAAUGGAGAUGCAUGCCAGUACUGUCACACCCGCACAGAGCAGCAAUUUCACCCAGAGAUCUACAAAUCAACAAAAUGUAAUGACAUGCAACAGUCCGGCAGCUGUCCCCGAGGACCUUUCUGUGCCUUUGCACAUGUAGAACAACCUCCACUUAGUGAAGAGUUACAGUCAACGUCGGCUGUUUCUAGCCCAACACAAGCUGGCCCUGUAAUGUAUAUGCCCUCAGCAGCAGGCGAUUCUGUUCCUGUCAGCCCUUCUAGUCCACAAGCUCCCGACCUUAGCAAUGUAUGGAAUAAACCAGGAACUCUCCCAACUAGUCCCACCUCUACUACAAUUCUCUGUAGGAAUAGCACUCUUGGAAGCCCAUCUAAUAUAUGUGGAUCCCCUCCUGGUGCCAUUGGAAAACCCCAUAGUUUGGAAAGCAUUGGCUUUCCAUCAGAUUCAGUAACUGCAGCCAGCAGCUACAAAAAGGCACCUGGAUUUGAACGAGAAGACCUGGUUGGAGCAGAGUACCUAAAAAGUUUCAAAUGCCAGCAGGCCAAGAUAAAAUCCCAUUCCUUGGAACACAGGGCUCAAGAGCAACCUCUAUUACAACCCAAACAGGACAUACUGGGGAUACUUCCUGUUGGCAGUCCACUGACAUCAAGUAUUUCAUCUAGUAUCACUUCUAGUUUGGCAGCAACACCACCAAGUCCAGCAGGCACCAGCAGUGUCCCAGGCAUGAAUGCCAAUGCCCUUCCAUUCUACCCCACCAGUGACACAGUGGAGUCUGUAAUAGAGUCUGCCUUGGAUGACCUGGACCUGAACGAAUUCGGAGUGGCUGCCCUGGAGAAGACAUUUGACAGCAGCUCGGUGCCCCACACGAGUGGCAUCAUGAUAGGUGGGAGUUUGCUGCAAAGUUCUGCUCCUGUAAAUAUUCCAGGGUCCCUUGGAAGUUCUGCCUCCUUUCACUCUGCCUCUCCUUCUCCACCGGUCAGCUUAUCAUCGCAUUUUCUCCAUCAGCCCCAGGGACACUUAAGCCAAUCAGAAAACACAUUCCUGGGGACACCAGCUUCUCAUGGAUCAUUAGGUUUAAAUGGAAUGAACAGCAGCAUAUGGGAACACUUUGCUUCUGGAAGUUUUUCACCCAGUACCUCGCCUGCGUUUCUGUCAGGUCCAGGUGCUGCUGAGUUGGCCAGGUUGCGACAGGAAUUAGAUGAAGCUAACAGCACAAUAAAACAGUGGGAAGAAUCUUGGAAGCAAGCCAAACAGGCCUGUGAUGCUUGGAAAAAAGAAGCGGAGGAGGCUAAUGAUCGCGCCAGCACGGCCACCAUAGAAUGUGAGCUAGCCCGAGAGCAGAGGGAGGCCUUGGAGCUGCAAGUGAAGAAACUCCAGGAGGAAAUUGAGAGGAUCCACACUGGUCAGGACCCCCAGUUCCUGCGGGCCCUCUCUGAUUUAGAAACACUUUCCCUCUCCACACUCUACAACCUCCAAAAACAGCUGCGUGCCAACCUGGAAAGAGUAGAUAAGGCAGUAUUUCAGAUGCAGUCGGUGAAAUGCCUCAAGUGCCAGGAAGAGAACCGGGUGGUACUACCGUGCCAACAUACUGUGCUGUGUGAAACGUGUGCUGAGGAGGGUGAAUGCCCCAUCUGCCACCCUAACAGGUCACAUGCUCUCCAGUCGUGACCCUUCUAGGACAUUUGGUUUAGCAUAUCAUAUAGAACUUUUUAACUUUAUAUAUAUAUAUAUAAAAUAUAAUAUGAAUAUAUAUAUGAACAUAUAUAUAUAUAUAUAUAUAUAUACAUAAAAACAAAAAUUAGUUGCAGAGCACUUUUUAAUACUUGGCAUCUCCCAUUUAAGAGGUUCCUCCCUCCUUCACCCAGUCCCCACUAAUUCUAACUCCUUAGGGACUUUUAGAGCUGUUUUUAACUUAGAUCAAAGGGCCAUUUGCAGAGUCUAUCCCCCACUACUACUACUACUACUACUACUUCUACUUCUUUCUUACUUUCUUUCACUUAGAAUGUAACCUUUUAAAAGUCUUUCUUCAGGAGAGAGACUUAGAGGGAAGGGUGAAGAGGGGCUUGCAAGUGCUUUCCAGGGUGAGGACUAGACUUCUGGGGGGAAGAAAGAUGGAAAUCAAAUUUCUAAUCAUGACUUCAUCCCCCAUCUCUUGCCUCUUGUGCUGUCAUCAUUUGGUAAUUUAAAGCACCAGACAUACAUUUGACCCAGCAGUAGAAGCUGCUUUGCAGUCCCUGCCUGCUCAGAGCUUCACUUGUCUGGAACUCUUGCUGGCCUUCAGUAAGCACAAGAAACUUCACAGUAGAAAAGAUUACUUUCUCUUUACAGUUUGAUAGGUUUAUACCAAAACAACAAAAGGACAGAAAAUGAAAGCAGACCAGUGAGACAAUGCCAGCUGAUCGUCAUAUUUUUCUUACAAGCAUUAUCCAUCACUGACAUGUAACUGAGAUUUUGGUUGCACUUGCCAGGCAGACCUUUGUAAAGAGGAGCAUUCUGCUUUGGUAGUCUCUUUUGUCUUGGCAAUGACUGUGUGCUUCAGAGUCAUGACUGAAUGCACAUGGGAUGCAUUUUCAGUACGAGAUAGAGGCAGAGAUGUAGAGGCACUCUUGAAACAGUCUGUGUUCUUGGUAACUAAAGGUGGGGGACCUUGCUAGGAUUUGUCUUGAUUGAUAGCUAAAUAGAGGCAGUUUUUAUUCCGCCUCAUGAAGAAACGUCCCAGUUGUCUGCGUAGAAGUGUAGAGAAGGAAGUUUAAAUCCUAUGGGUUAGUCUCAAAUAGAAUAGGCCAAUUGUUCAAUGAUGAUUCAGCAUAUAGGGAAAUCCAGUUUAUGCAGUGGGUCUACUCUAGCUGAGAUUAAGGAUAGACUCAGGUUGGUGUAGUAUCUGAAUACAAACUGCAGUACACAGGUGGUACUGCACUUGGCUCACUUGACCUCAGGUUGUUCAGUAUUGGACUAAUAUUUGCCAGUGGAAAAGAACAAAUUGAUAAAAGAAUAUAUUCCCUUCCCAGCUGUUUCUCUCCAUGUAUUGCACUGUAGCCGGUGUAUUAGUAGCAAGCAGUAGUGCCCAGUGUAGUGCAGAGAAGGGUCCCAAUGCUAGGUUCUGUACUACAUGAGGGUGAUCCAGAUAUUGGCAGAGCAGGAUCAUCAGUGCUUCAUAUUGCUAGCAUGAAGUAAGCUGUGAUGAAUGCCAGCAUGAAAAUGGAGGUAGUAGUAAGCUUGAGAAAAGAGAGGGUAUUUGUCUGGGUAAAUAUCUUAACCUGUUCAGCUACCAAUAAUCUUCCUCUUCAUUUCCACAGUUAACACCUACAUAGCCCAGCUACAGAUGUUUGGGAGUCGCGAGCUGAUUUCAAAUGUAAUUCUCCCACCCUUUUCACUUCUGCAGGGUAAUAGUGGUAAGAAGCAGUGGGAAACAAUAUCUUAGAACCAGGGGUGGGGCAGGAGAACAAAGCUUUACAAAUAUCCAGGGACCCUUGUAUUCAAAUGUCUCUGGUAGCAAGAGACAGAUUCUCCAAAUGUUUAACAAAGAGUGAACAACUAGGAAGUGGCAGUGGGUGAAGGCAAAACAGUAAGGUAAAAUUAAUGAAGCAUCUAAGAGGAUGGAAUAUUCUCUCAAACUGCUAGGUGUUGAGGGCAGUUAAGUUCCUAAUCCAACACAUUCUUUUGAAAAAUGUGUAGUGAAAUGCCAUAAGGCCACACUUGAAGUACUGUGAGAAGGAAGGAAGAGAGUCCACAGUGCUUCAUUUCCCAAAUACAUUCCUUUUUCUUGUGAUGAAGGAAAUCUUCUCAUUCAUGGAGCCUUUUGAACUUUCUGUGGGCAUCUGCACAGGCUGUUCUUCAGGGAUCAAUUCUAUUCAUUCCGCGCAUCAGUCGCCUGUCUGACUGGUUCCCAGCAGAAGGGAGUGUUCCUUGAGUGUAUAUAGGGUUCACUGUGUUUGCACAGUCCAGAAAGUCUUUGACAGGGGAGGAGGCAUAUGAUUCCUGAACUUCUGACUUUGCAUUAGCGCAGCAGGCUGAAAAUGGGAGAGAUACUGUACCCAUUGCUCUCCUCUUUUCUCUUACUGUGGCUGCAGAUUUCCUUCCUGGUUUGGGUUCCUGUCAGCUUAAACAUCCGUGAAGAUGGUGUUUAUCCCCCAAGAUGCCCCACUAGCCUGAAUCUGUAAAUGCAUUCCUCGUAAUAUUGUACAUGUAUGUAUUAGAGAACUGCAGUACAUCAGACAAACAUGGGUAGCCAUUUUUUAUGAACAGCAAUGACUACCUUUAAUCUACCCCACCUCUUACUUGGGCACACAGUGUGUUCUAUAGGUGGAGCACAUAGGAUUAGCUUUACACUAGAACAUGGACAAUAGCCUUUUUAGGUCCUGAGCAACAGAGAGCUGGGUUAUCCGUUUGUCUCUUGUGCUGUUGUAGGCCAGCAUGAGUUAGAUUUCCAAGCUCUGAGCAGACGUUAAAUCAGUUUUAAAAGAAUCUUGCAAAACGUGUUUACUCAAAAGUAAGUCCCAUUGAAAUCAUUGGGGUUUGCUUCCUGGUAAAUAUAUGUAGGUUUGCCACCUUGGCUAAUAACUUCCUUUGUGAACAAAUUUGCACUCGAUCCAGAGUGCCUUAUGAAAGGGUCUUAACUCACUAAUUAUGUGUUAAAAGUUUGAUUAUGUAUAUUGAACUUCUCAAAAUUGACAUUGGGGCCUAAAUCAGACUGACAUGCAAUGAAAUUUGUGGUUUAGAUACUUAUGUUUUAAACUUGUAUCCAGUAAAUGUGUUGUUCUGCAGUUCUUGAGUGGUUCAAUUCCCACUGCAGUUUGUUACAACUUGUUCAAAUAUUGCAACAGCCUCUAGACAAUGAAAAGCAACAGCCCAGUCCAGAAGGACUCUAAUCUGUCAUUUUGCACUGGGGCUUGUUUAACUUGUAAAGUGUAAUAUUUAGAAUUAUAAUCUCACUCCCUUGCUCACCAGUCUCUGCUUUGUUUGCAAUAGUCUUUCCCCAACCUGAAAAAGCACUGGAAACUCAAGUAACCCUUGUUUUUUCAUAAGAAUAAUCCAGCUAUACACUGUCAAGUUUUUCCUCCAAAGUGUUUCCAUAUUUAAUGCAAGUACAUCAUUAGAUUUGCUUCCAUAUUUCCACCCUCCCAUAUUUGGAGGGUUAAUAUGCAUUCCCAGAUUAUCUCAAAGUGCAGCUCUGUUUUAGUUUUUUUUAAUUAACUUUUAUGUUCCGUAAAAUUGCUUUUUUUCAAUGUGUAUAUUGUACUAGUAUCUGUUUUUUAAAAACAAACAAACACCUAAUUGGCUUCUUUUUUUUCUUUUUUUUUUAUGGAGAGACAAUGCUGGCUGAUUCUUGUGGUUGUGUUGUUUUUGGUUGUAGCCUUUGAAUGUCUGUGCCAUGAGGCAUAUCCUGGUCUCCAAGGCCAGCAAACAUGUCUCAGUCUUAAGGAAAGCUUGCUCGUUUAAAACGUGAACAUUUUUAGAAACAAAUACACAAACAUAAAUUUAAAUUAUGGGGGAGUAAUACUCUGCUGGAAAUGUACUAAACUAUUUUGGUAACUAAUUUAAAGAUCAUAGGAAAUAAAACUCUUUGAAUUGGAUCUACAGUGUUUAUACAGAACUCCAGCCAUUUUCAGGCUCUUUGGUGGUAACUGGUUUGUAACACUUAGUUUUGUAAACAUUGUGUUUUAUUGCUUCCUCUGCCUUUCUGUGUGAUUGUCCAUAGUGUGACGAUGACUUUGUAGGACAAUUUGUUUUGUCCUGAAAUGCCACUGCUUUAUGUAAUUCCAACUGAAUCCUACAAGGGGUGUUAGAUGUGUUGCUGGUCUCCUAAAGUGUCACUUAGAAGUACUGUAGUUACUUUGUCCUGUUUUUAAGACCUGGGCUGGCGGCUCUGUAGAGUCUUGCUGGUUGUAAGAUUUCUCUUCCCCUCUCCCUCAGUAUACACUGGUAAGUGGCUUUGCUGGUGGGAUGUAACAUAAAUUGUAUGGGAGAAAAAGCCUGUUGACAUGCAGCACCACAAUGCAGUCUGUCUGUCUAUUUUUACUUUUGUUUUCUGAAGGACCAAAGAAUUGAAACUGGGAUCAAACAUUUCCCCAGCCCCAUAAAUACCUGACUGCUCCCUUUUAAAUUAUGUUGGGUUCCUGCCCACUCGCCGCCUGAUAUCUGUCAGUAUAAUACAUAGGCAAAAGGGUAUAGCAGCAAGUUGGUUUAAUCCACAAACUUCUCUCCUACUCUUUAGCUUCUUAACAAGCACUUUUU